AUGCAACGCGCCACGCGGUCGGCCUCCGGCCGGCCGCUCCGGCUGGCCCUGCUGUGCUUCCAGGAGGCCGAAGACGAGGCCGAGGACGAGGCCGAGGACGAGGCCGAGGACGAGGCCGAGGACCGUGACGAGGCCGAAGACGAGGCCGAGGACGAGGUCGAGGACGAGGCCGAGGACGGUGACGAGGCGGAGGACGAGGCGGAGGACGAGGCCGAAGACGAGGCCGAGGACGAGGUCGAGGACGAGGCCGAGGACGGUGACGAGGCGGAGGACGAGGCGGAGGACGAGGCCGAGGCCGAAGACGAAGCGGAGGACGAGGCUGAGGACCGUGACGAGGCGGAGGACGAGGCCGAGGCCGAAGACGAGGCGGAGGCCGAGGACGAGGCCGAGGACGAGGCCGAGGACGAGGCCGAGGACGAGGCCGAGGACGAGGCCGAGGACCGUGACGAGGCGGAGGACGAGGCCGAAGACGAGGCAGAGGACGAGGCCGAGGACGAGGCCGAAGACGAGGCGGAAGACAAGAUAGCUGCCGCAAUAGCGCUCUUUCUUUCCAAAAUUCCCGCUCAAGUCGGCGACUGGCACGACUCCCUCGCCUUCGAGGGCGGCGAGGACGCGCGCGUGCGCAUGUCCGUCGACACGUUCACGGGCAAGAUGAUCCUCCACUGCCACAUCCUCGAGCACGAGGACGAGGGCAUGAUGGCCGUCUACGACGUCCGCGGCGACGAGGGCGACGUCGUGUCCCAGGCCGAGGCGUUGGACCUGACCUGCUACCGGAACAGUGACCGCGGCUACGCCUACGCGGCCGGCGGCGGCGCGACGACGCGGACCUACGCGCCGUCCUACCAGCCGACGCCGAAGCCGAACUACGCGCCGACGGCGUCGCCGUCGACGAAUGCGUGCGCGGACGACGACGCCUGGCGCAAGUCGAACGCGCCGGCCAAGGACUGCGCCUGGGUCGCGGCGCUCCCCGAGAGUCGGUGCGCCGUCAAGGGCGACGGUGUCUGGGCCUGGCGGGCCUGCCGCGAGUCGUGCGCGACGUGCGACUACGGCUGCGCGUCGGGCGUCGGCGACGACGCGGGCUGGCGCAAGAACGGCGCCGCGGACAAGGACUGCGGAGUCAACUUCCCAAUAAGGCGUCCGCUAGCACGUAAAGACGUCCCCGGGCGAAUCCUACGUCCGCAGAGGGUUCCUAGACGCUUUGGGGAGGUACAAUGA